AUGGCCGAUGACGCCAAAAGAUAUAUAAGCUUACCUUACUCAGGAGGCUACUCUAAUGCACGUCAAGAACAGUAUAAUCAGUAUCUUAAAAAAUUACACAAAGAUUUUAUUGAUGUUUGGAAUGAGAAACCUAAAUAUAAUGCUAAGCUGGGAGAUUUUAAGCAGCAAAAAAUAUUAGGUACAGGUGCAUUUGGUGUUGUUUAUUUAACAAAACAUCUCGGUACAGGAAAAUAUUAUGCGAUGAAAAUGUUGGAAAAGGAAAAAAUAGUAAAAUUGAAGCAAAUUGAACAUAGUUACUAUGAAAAAAAAAUUCUAUGUGGUCUUAAUUUUCCUUUCUGUGUUUAUAUGAAAUAUUUUUUUAAAGACAACGUUUAUCUGUAUUAUAUUCUACCAUAUAUAGCAGGAGGAGAAAUGUUUUUACAUUUACGUAAAAUAGGAAAAUUUGAAGAAACAUCUUCGCGAUUUUAUGGCGCUCAAGUAAUCCUAGCAUUAGAAUAUUUACAUGCUUGUGAAUUAGUAUACAGAGAUUUGAAACCAGAGAAUAUACUUAUAGAGAGUUCUGGAUACAUAAAAAUAACUGAUUUUGGAUUUUGUAAAUUAAUCCGCGGCAGAACUUGGACUCUCUGCGGUACUCCUGAAUAUUUAGCACCAGAAAUUAUUUUAAGCAAAGGUUAUGGUAUGUCUGUUGACUGGUGGUCCUUAGGAAUUCUCUUAUUUGAAAUGAGCGCCGGUCACCCACCUUUUUACGCAUCUGAUCCUAUGAGAAUUUACGAAAAAAUCGUAUCAGGUAAAUACAGAUGUCCGAAUCACUUUUCACCAGAAUUAAAAGACCUGAUAUCUCGCGUUCUUCAAAUAGAUAUAACACGACGUUUGGGAAAUCUCAAAAAUGGCGUGCUAGAUUUUAAAAAUCACAACUGGUUUCGCGAAAUAGAUUGGGAUAAACUAUUGAAUAGUCGUCUGCCUCCACCAUUUGUACCUAAAAUACGGUCACCCAGUGAUACUUCAUACUUUGAAAACUAUAAUGAAGAGAAAGUAAAGGAAAACCCUAUAAAUUUAUAUGAAGAAGAAUUUGAAGAUUUC